AUGUCAUCCACACUCUCGAAGGACGAUCAGAUCCAGAACCUGCGUAAGCUCUUUGCGGCUUCCGAAGUGCCCAACGAUCCGAAGGCGUGGGACCAGGCGUGGAUCGACAGCACGACGCCGUGGGACGCUGAUCGUCCUCAACCCGCGCUGGUGGAGCUUCUGGCCGGUGCGCACGAUGCGGACACCAAGGUGCCUGACCUCAAAGGCAAUCUCGUCCCCGUCUCGCAGGUGAUUCCAAAGGGAAAUGGCAUCGCUGUCGUGCCAGGAUGCGGAAGAGGCUACGACGCCAAGGUAUUCGCCGAACGCGGCCUGACCAGCUACGGUGUUGAUAUCAGCUCUAAUGCUGUAGCUGCAGCCAACAAGUGGCUCGACGACCAAAACCUCCAUGCUGACCUCGACGCUAAAGUCAACUUCGCCGAAGCCGACUUCUUUACCCUGGGAACUCAAAAAAGCAUCGUCACCGCACUCGCUCAGCCGGGACAAGCCACUCUUGCCUACGAUUACACCUUUCUGUGUGCCAUCCCUCCUUCGCUGCGCUCCAAGUGGGCCGAGACCUACACGCGGCUGCUGGCAAAGGACGGCAUCCUGAUCGCGCUCGUUUUUCCGAUCCAUGGCGAUCGACCGGGCGGACCUCCAUUCUCCAUCUCGCCCCAGCUGGUGCGCGAGCUGCUCGGCUCGCACAAGAAUCCAGAUGCAAGUGCUGCCUGGACCGAGCUCGCCGAACUCAAGCCAAAGGGCAAGGAUACGCGACCGGACGUCGAGCGUGUCAUGGUCUGGCGCCGCACUUGA